AUGACUGACUCCUCAAUUAUAACCGCGCAAGGCAACAGACCUUUGCCGCCCCUGCCCGAGUUCCCUCUCCCUCCACUUUUGCAAGUCCAAGACGAAGAAUUGAAAGCAGUGGCAACUACUCACACCAGCUUCUACGCUCUACGACGAGACCGUCACGAUUGGUCCAUGACCCAAAGAGUCAUGGAUUAUGAAAAGCUAGAGCAUGUAGGUGAUGGCUUGUUAGGGAGCUGCGUGGUUCUCUUACUCCAUGAAAUGUUUCCGAACCUACGCGAGGGUCCAGCGACAAUACUGAAGGGCGACCUGAUAUGCAACGAAACUCUUGCCCAACUAGCGGAUCGGUAUGGUAUCAGCGUUCAGCUCAGAACGUCACCAGCGGCCUUCUACGCUACAAGGAAUCAGGUGAAGACCCGAGCCUCCCUCUUCGAAGCUUGGAUCGCUGCGGUGUAUUACUCCUUUCUCCAGCAUGGACCGCCAGAUAUACACUCGGAGCCAAACUUGAUCGAGUGUAGCCCUCGGAGAACGUCAUCGCCGGUCAAGGGGCAGCCGACGUCGACCGAGUCGAGACAGGAAAAGUCUAGACGUAAACUCAUCAACAAGGCUCGACAGGACAUUCAUUUCAAGCGAGCACGCGAGGAGGUUUCAUCCGCCUCGUCCGACACCUCGUCGGAUACGACAUCGGACACGGAAUCAUCCGGAGAUGAAUCCGACAGCGAAAGCAGCUCCAAAGUGGCUGCAGCACUGACGUUUCCCACACUGACACCCGGACCCCCUGAAGUCACAUCCUCCUUCCGACCAUCCCAAUAUGCACACACGACGUCUACAGUUACUACCGAUCACCAGAACAGCAAGUCAUCAAAGAAAGGGGAUCAAGACCUCAGAGGAUCAGACGACGAUGUAGUAACAGGUCAUACGUGCUCUGAUGGACAAGCGUUUGAAAAUCUGUACCAAUGGUUCAAAGAAGCUUUCAGACCCAUCGCCAAAUUUGCGCUACAAGUCCGGAUAGACGAGCAGGCCAAGAAUAACAACAUCACAUCGGUAAUAGAUCAAGCUCAAGAAGAUCACACGGCCAUUGGUGCCAAGUGCGCUGUUGAUCUCUUCUCAAAAGACAGACUAGGGGUCGAUCCAGUCUACACAGCUGUGAGACCAGAGGGAAUAAAGGGUAUCUGGCUGGUGACGUGCACCAUCACCGAGAAGAAUGGAAGAGCAUGGACUGCUGAAGCACUGAGAUCGACCAAAAAAUUUGGAUACAACCUAGCAGCGUUUCGCGUGGGGAAGCAGCUGCAAUUCCUGUGA